AUGGAGAUUGGAAAUGACUUCCUGGCCAACAUGGGAGUUCAGAAACAAGCCGCUAAUACCAGGAUGCCACGAAACAACAGUAAGGAGUAUGAUGCUGUUUUUCACAGUGGAAAAAGUCAUCAGAGCUGGGGAGAAGGCAAGAUGGUCUCUAACCCCACAGAUAUACUUGUUCAGGAUGAAGAAGCCCUCACUGGUGAAGGAUUUUGUGAGUUCAGCAAAUGUAGGGAAGCCUGCACCCAAAGAAAUAGCCUUAUUCAGCACGAGGAAGUUCAUGCCAGAGAAAGGUCUUAUGAAUGCAGCCAUUCUGGAAAAUUUUUUGCCCACAAAUCUGGCUUCCUUGCAGGUCAGAGAUUUAACUCUGGAGGAACACUAUAUGCCUGUCCUGAAUGUGGAAAGUCAUUUAGCCAAAGGAGGUACCUCAGAAUCCAUAGAAAAAUCCACACUGGAGAAAAGCCUUAUAAAUGCAAAGAAUGUGGUAAAUCUUUCAUCCAAAAGGGGAGGUUAAUUGACCAUCAGAGAGUUCACACUGGCGAACGGCCUUAUGAGUGCAGUGAAUGUGGAAAGUCUUUUGUUGCUCUGCGUGGCCUCCAGUAUCAUCAGAGAGUCCACAGUGGCGAGAGGCCCUAUGGGUGCAGUGAAUGUGGGAAAUCUUUUAUCGCUAAAUCUGACCUGCAUUAUCAUCAGCGAGUUCAUUCUGGAGAAAGGCCUUAUGAGUGCAGUGAAUGUGGGAAAUGUUACAUUGAUAAGAGAGGUCUUCAGUAUCAUCAGAGAGUUCACAGUGGAGAAAGGCCCUAUGAGUGCAGCGAAUGUGGGAAAUGUUUUAUUUUCUCAAGUGGUCUCCGGUACCAUCAGAGAGUUCACAGCGGAGAAAGGCCCUAUCAGUGCAGUGAAUGUGGGAAAUCUUUUAUUGUUAAGAGAGGCCUCCAGAAUCAUCAGAGUGUUCACAGUGGAGAAAGACCUUAUGAGUGCAUUGAAUGUGGAAAAUGUUUUAUUGAUAGGUCACGUCUUCAUCGUCAUCAGAGAGUUCAUAGUGGAGAAAAGCCUUAUGAGUGCAGAGAAUGUGGGAAAUGUUUUACUGAUAAGUCAGGCCUUCAUCGUCAUCAGAGAGUUCACACUUCUGAAAGGGCUUAAAUGUUGGUAAUCCUUUAGCCAGAGACAGCUUCUACAUAUCCAUAGAAAAAUCCACACUGAAGAAAAGUCUUACGAGUGCAGUG